GUAUGCAAUUGAGAUUCUCCCAAAGUAACCAAUCAUGUAACCAGAACAUUCCAGCAAUGCAUUGUGGGUGUAGUGUUUGCCAACUUUCACGUCAUUGCAGCAUAGACGCACUGCUUUCAUCAAGGUAACUAGUUUAUAUUUACUAGGUUAAUCCAUAGUAAAAUCGUUUGUUUUACUUUAUAUGUUUCAAGAAAUAGGCGACGAGUUCAGUCAUAAUAUGAGUCUGUCAUUUCUAAACUAAUGUCAAACCAGCAUAUGUGCUCAUGGGAUGGGAGACCUACCGCUACAGUAUCCGGCAGCUGAUGUGGUCCAGAGUGCAUGCAAGGUCGUAAGAAUUACAUAAUCGCUGCUGUAGCAAUGCUAAUUUCAACAGUUACUGUAAUAUCCCAUUUAGGACAACUGUCAUGUGUUACAGACAUGGAAAUAACAAGCUAGGGGUGCUGUUGUUUCACUCUUUGACCGUUAGCUAUAUGACUGGUUAUUUAAUAGGCUAGAUGUGAGAUGAGCUAGCUAUGAGGCAUAGCAAGAAUUCAUGAACCUUUACACAUUUAUUAUUUCUUAACGCUAAUAUCUGUUACAUCGCUGACAGGUCUGGGGUGUAGUCCUAUCCAGUGACUAACUUGUCAGGCAGAAUGGACCCCAUGUCCGGUUCAACAGUUAAAGCAGAGGGUUUUGUGGUCCCUCACCUAUAUGCUGGCUCUCCACCCCAGGGAUGCCCCAUGCAAAAGGAGACCAAACUAAGUAAGUCUCUUCAGCUGUGUCAGGUUGAUACGGUUGGUGUUUGCGUUUGUCUAUUGGUUCUCUGUUGUCUGCAGUGUAUACCCCUAACCCCAUCAGCUGGCACACCUUGAAUAACAAUAGCAAAGCAGAUAUUGUUUUUCAUUGUACUAAUGUAUUUCGACCUGUCCUCUCAGGUGCACCUGUACCACAAUCAGAGUGUCCCAUGCACAAGGCGUCCGUCCCAGCCCAGGUUGAGACCACUUCCCCCCCAGUAGCCCCAGCUUCAGACCAGGCAGGGUCAACACAUCAGGAUCGGGCAUACGAGUUUGUGGAGUGCCCCAUGAAAGCAGCCAACAGAGAGAAAUUUGUGUCUGACAUUGAUAUUGCAAACAUGGUACGAAAAGCAGCUAAAAUACUUGUGUAUUAUUCUUACUACUGUGUAAUUACACAGUGAUAAGAACACUAAAGUGUUAGAGUUUUUUAAUAAACUGAUGUACUGAAUGUUAUUUAGUGUACCUAUCUUUUUUCAUAACCCAGGAACUGGUUGACUAAUAGGCUAAAAUCAAAUGAAAACCAGUCAAUUAGGAGAUAGAUGCCAAUAGAGCAUAUAUCGAUGAGACUUAAAACUCUGAAGGCAUCCAGUUUUGUUCUGUUAUUUCUCUUUAUCCAGAUGCCGCCACCCAACCAGCAGCCCGCCCCAGGUCAGCCCUUUGAUCUGUCAGUGAACAGAGAGGAGUCCCAGAUCCCCCGGGGUGGUACGGAACAGAACUGGGUCUACCCCUCGGAACAGAUGUUCUGGAAUGCCAUGCUGAGGAAAGGGUCAGUCGACCAAUCAGAACACUGAAGAAAGAUGGCUUGGGCAUAGAGAUAGAAUGUAUAGAAUUGAUAGAACCUAUAGUUUUAUCUCUAUGGGGUUUAGGGUUUCUACUGCUGUGUACUGACUCAUUAAAAUUGUUUCACAGAUGGCACUGGAAAGAUGAAGAUCUUGGGCAAAAAGACAUGACGAACAUCAUCAAGAUUCACAACCAGAACAAUGAACAGGCAUGGCAGGAGAUCCUCAAAUGGGAACAAUUCCAUAAGAAGUGAGUAAACUCAGUGAACAAUCAACAUCUCAGACUCUGGUACAAAACCAUGUAAGGUUGAGCGCUUUUUACUGACGUUUCAAAUUACCCCUGAAUGACAAGUGCAUGUCACGAUAUGUAUGCCAUACCAGAUAUGUGAAUUGUAUUUGAUUUCUUUCUUUCUAGGGAAUGUCCCUGCGGACCCUCCCUGUUACGGUUUGGAGGCAAAGCAAAAGAAUUCACUCCUAGAGCCAGGUUUCGCCACUGGAUGGGGUGAGUUUUUGGUGUAAACAGUUGUGAGUGGAAGUUACAUACAUGCAAAAAUAUAUACAUUUCCUUGACACAGACCUAGCACAAGCAAGUACAACUAGCACUCUUUGUCUGGUUGUUUCAAUGUAUAAUACAUUAGAUCAUAUGACCUCAUUUUGUCUUCUACUCUUUGCAGGUAUGGCUUACCGUUUGACAGGCACGACUGGAUCGUAGACCGCUGUGGAAAGGAGGUGCGCUAUGUGAUUGACUACUACGACGGCGGUGAGAUCGAUAAGCAGAAUUUCACCAUCCUGGACGUGCGUCCUGCCUUCGACUCCCUCAGCGCCGUGUGGGACCGUAUGAGAGUGGCCUGGUGGCGCUGGACCUCCUCUUAAACCCCAACACUCCCCACACUAAUAGCCUGAUCCCAGAUCUGUAUGUUGUCAUGCCAUUCAAUGAUAGUCAGAGGAGUUGGCUAAAUCACAUACAGAUCUGGGACCAGGCUAUCCACUACCACUUUAGAUUCACAGGGUUGAAUACAGUCGCUAUGUUCUCCUUCAUUGAUUUGAGGGAGUACUAAUGUAUUUAUUGACCAGACUCUGGCACUCUGCUAAUAACUAAACUUUUAAUUGACAGAUUGUCUUCAUUGCUUGAAGUGAACUGUUUUGAUUGACUUUGAGUCCACACACGCAAUCACCAUGUAUAUUGACUUACUGUAAUAAUUGUUUGUUUGGGAGGACAUACUAAUUGGUGGCUUUUCUUUAGUGAAUCAAUUAUCCUAAGUUGAUAAGAUGGAACUGUGUGUUAUUUGUAUCCAGUAUUAUGGUGUUGUUUUAAGUUAAAGGGAGGGAUUCUGUACUUGUGGGCUUCUAACAUGUAUUUAAAGUGUCUCAAUGACUAAACGCAACAACUCCCAGGUCAAUGGAAGCAACCAUUUGGAAUGGACUCAAUGAAGACAAAUUGAUAAUCCAUUUGUCGCAGAUAAAACAGGUUCAUGGGUACCCUUUGACUUGAGUUUCAAUGCAACACACAGUUGAAUGUUUUCUUUCUUCACUGUCAUCAUUUAGUUAAAUCCAG